CGACAAGCAGCAACCGCUUUCAGCAAAACAGCCAAUCAGGUUAAACUAAUCUGGUACAUUUCUUAGCGUUGCUAGGCAACUAGCAUCUGCUACCAAUCGGAAUUGGCGUAAGUUCAUCUGUUGAACAACGCUUUCUGGUUUUGGCGGCCAUCUUCCUUGGUGAAUGUAAUGGAGAGGUGUUGUUGCGGCGACGAAGCGGUGGAAAAAUUUAUUUGAUGAUUUUGUUUGGUGCUUCCAAGGCUACAUAAGACUAAAAUCUUGUAUCGUUAAAUAACCACAACCAGGAAAAGAAACAAUUUAAUCCUUUUUGGUAAAUAUUGAGUAAUGCUGUGAUAAUUCAGAGAAGGUCCAUCCUGAUCCCCCAGUGAAUUUCAUUUAAAGAAGAGGAAGAGAUCUGGUCUGUUGAAGAUAAAGAUAUAUACACCAAGUUAAAGUCAUGACUCAGUUCCUUCCUCCAAAUCUUCUGGCACUGUUUGCCCCAAGGGAUCCUAUCCAGUACCUACCUCCUGUAGACAAGCUUCCCCAUGAAAAGAAGACUACAGGAUAUUCUGGGCUUGGUGGCUUCUUAAAUGAAUUUGAGGAUCCAGAUGACACCCCUCCUCCGACGCGGGUGGAGACCAGAGAUGAGCGGCGUGACCGCAAACGGCGCGAGAAGCAGGAACAGGUGGCCUACCGGCUGGAGCAGGACAUCGCCCUCUGGGACCCGACCAGUUUGCCAAAUGGCACCAUGGACCCAUUCAAAACUUUGUUCGUGGCUCGCAUUAACUACGACACCUCAGAGUCGAAGCUGCGGAGAGAAUUCGAGGUUCACGGGCCCAUCAAGAAGAUCGUCCUGGUGCACAACUCUCAGUCGGGCAAGCCGCGCGGCUAUGCCUUCAUCGAGUACGAGCACGAGCGAGACAUGCACUCCGCCUACAAGCACGCCGACGGUAAGAAGAUGGACGGCCGGCGCGUGCUGGUGGACGUGGAGCGCGCGCGCACCGUCAAGGGCUGGCUGCCGCGCCGGCUCGGUGGCGGCCUGGGCGGCACGCGUCGCGGCGGGCCCGACGUCAACGUCAAGUACUCGGGCCGAGAGGACUCGGACCGGAUGCGCGGCGGCGACCGACGCGAGCGCAGCCGCGAGCGAGAGAAGCGCCGCCGCUCGCGCAGCCCGCGCGACCGCCGAGAGCGCGGCGACGACCGCGAGCGCAAGAGGCGCCGCUCGCGCUCGCGCAGCCGGGAGCGGCGGCACCGCAGCCGCUCGCCCCGCGAGCGGCGCGACCGCGAGCGACGCCGCGAGCGCGGAGACCGCGACAGGGACCGCCGGGACCGACGCGACCGCAACGGCGAGGAUUACUUCGACCCGGACGCUGUGCGCGUCAAGACGGAGCCGGAGGACGACUACCCCGAGUACAGCAGCGGCUACAACGGCCAGAACCCGCCGCUCAAGGACGAGGACAAGAAGCCGCGCGACCUGCCGCCGCCACCACCGCCGCCCGAGAUGGGCCAGGACGCCGGCAACGGCUCCGGAUACGAGCGCCGCGACGAGGGCGAGAUCGACUACUGAAGGCCCGGCGGCCAGCGGCGCCCGCCCGCCCGCUUACCUAUCUCUUUACAUGGCGACGAGCGUUCAUUCAUCCCAGAGUUGUGUUGGCCGCGGCCGUUUUGGUCGGUGUUGUGUGAGCGGGGCGCGGACGGGCCGGCGCGGUCGACCCGAGGUGUGUAGCUAGCCGGGAGGACGCGCUGCGGCGGUCAGCGGGAGAGGACCCCUGGGGACGCUCCCGGCGGUCCGUCGAGGUUGUGUCCGUCGUGCUCCCUCGCCGUCCGGUCCGCGGUACGGCGAUUCUGGAGGCGGUCUCAUUCGGUAAGUCGUGCGUCUGUGCUCAUCGCUGGUUUCAAUAUACGUGACGCAUCUGG